AUGAGUUUCCCUCCCAGUCAUGCUGCUGUAGAAGCAGCAGCGCAACGUGCUGCUGCUGCUGCUGCUGCUGCUGCGAAGUGGGAGACGCAGCCAGUGGAGAGCAGCAGCAGAUUCACACCUUGCAGCAAUAGUGAGCAGGUGCAGCUGCUGCUGCUGCUGCAGCAGCAGGAACAGCAGCAGCAGCAGCAGCAGCAACACCGACAGAUAAACUAUGGACUCUCAUUCUCCUCUCCAGCUGCAGCAGCAGCAGCAACUGCAGCAGCAGCAGCAGCACACGUGCCCAUCAGCAGCAGUAUGAGCUUAUAUACCAGCAGCAGCAGCAACAACAGCAACAACAGCAGCAGUUUGUUCGGACCUGUUGGGGCUACUUCGGAGGCUUACCCUCUGAGCUACUGCUUCCCUCAGCAGCAGCAACAGCAGCAGCAGCAGCGACAGCAGCAGCAGCAGCAGCAGCACGAAGCGUUUUACCCUUGGACCCCAUGGAGAGGCAGCAGCACUUCUGUAAACAAGGGGUUAACCUAUGCAGCAGCAGCAGCAGCAGCAGCAGCACCCGCAGCCGCAGCAGCAGCAGCAGCAGAUGGUGUAGAUGAAGACUUGUGGCCGCCUCUCUGCCCCGAGUUAGAGCAUAGAUUUGCUGCAGCAACUGCAGCAGGAGGAGCUGCAGGACCAGUAGGAGCAGCAGCAGCAGCAUCUGCUGCUGCUUCUGCUGCUGCUACUGCCGAUCCCAACGUAGCUGCUGUUGAGGCCCUGCUGCAGUGUAAGGAGUUCAUUCGUCUGGCGAAGCUGCUGCUUAAAACCAUCGAUCAGAUCUGCAGCAGCAGCAGCAGCAACAGCAGCGGCAGGAGCUGCAUGUUCCCUGGUGGUGCUGCUGAAGCUGCUGCUGCUGCUGCUGCUGCAGCAGCUGCUGCUGCAGCGGGGGGUAGGGUGUGGGGUGGAGCAGCAGACUGGAAGAGCAGCAGCAGAAUGUCUCUUUUAAGUUCGAGCUGCAUAGGGCAUGCAGAGCAGCAGCUGCUGCUGCUUGCUGCUGCAGCACGGCGCUGCAGCAGCUGCUUGUGUUGGGUUACAGCUGAGGGUGGCGCAGCAGCAGAGAUGCAGCAGCAGGAAGAUGCAGAUGCUGCUGUUCUUGGUGCUUUCGCUGCUGCUGCUGCUGAAGCAGCAGCAGCAGAGACGCAGCCGGUGCUGCAGUCAAGCAGAGAGCAACGCCAGCUGCUGCAGCGCCAGGUGAGGCAGCAGCUGCUGCUGCAGCAAAUCCAACAGCAGCAGCGGCAGCAGCAGCAGCAGCAGGGGCUCGUGAACACGACAGAGAACAGCAGCAGCAGCAGCAACAGCCUAUCUGUCUCCUUUCGGCAGCAGAUGCUGCAACAGCUGCAGCAGCAGCAGCACCAGCAGCCGCCUCGGCCAGCAACAGCCACACAGAUCAGCAGCAGCAGCAGUAGCAGCAGCAGCAGCAACAACGACAGCAGCGGCAGCAGCAGGAUUGAUAUGCGUUCAGCCGUGCUGCAGCAGCUUGCACAAGCUAACAAAGCAGCAUCUGCUGCAGCAGAAACAACAGCGGGAAGCAGUAACGCAAGCAGCAGCAUUGCCGACAGCAGCAGCAGCAGCAGCACACCUGAGCUGCGCAGCAGGUCCGCCCCCAUUACAACUGUCUCCUGGCAGCAGCAGCUACUGCAGCAGCAGGAGCUGCAGCAGCAGCAGCAGCAACAACAGCAGCAACAAGCAGCAGAAAAUGAAGGGCCAGGAGUAGGACAGGUGCAGCGUUUGCUGCUGCACCUUGCUGCUGAAGGGCCCCAGCACCUGCUGCUGCUGCGUCGCUUGCUGCUGCUCCACUGCAGCAGCAGCCCACAAGGCCUGGACCCGCAGCAGCAGCAGCAGCAGCAGCAGCAGCAGCAAGGCAGGAUGUGUCUUCCAGCUCGUCAUGUGCUCUAUCGAUGGUUUCGCGAGGGUAUAAGGAAAUAUCCGGAAGUGCUGUGGCUGCUGCAGCAGCAAGAGCAGCAGCAGCAGCAGCAGCAGCAGUUGCAGCAGCAAGAGCAGCAGCAAGAGCAGCAGCUGCAGCUGCAGCAACAGCAGCAGGUGUACAUGCCGCAUGCACUAGAGUACGGCGUAUCGCAGCAGCAGCAACAACAGCUGCAGCAGCAACAGCAGCAGCAACAGCAGCAGCAACAGCAGCAAGACUUAAGCCUUUCUUGUGCUGUUCAGUUAAAGGCGGAUCAUACGAAGAGUGCAGCGGAUGGUCAGGGGAGAGGGCCUCCAGAGCUGUUUCGCGGUGUCUCCGAAGCUGCAGCAAACAGCAGCAGCAGCAGCAGCAGCAGCAGCAGGUUAAGGCUCCACCACAGCGACAUGAGCAGCAGGCAUCGUAAUUACAGCAGCAGCAGUUGCAGCAAAAACAACAGCAGCAGCAGCAGCACCAACAGCAGCAGUAGCAACAACGGCACCAGCAGCAGCUACAGACACACCUGCAGUAGCAGCAAUAGCAGCAACAGCAACAGCAGCAAUAGCAGCAGCAUCAAGAGCAGCAGCAACAGCAGCAGCAGCAAAUGGCUGACCUUAUACACCCCAAAUUUGUGUUUCUCUCUGCGUUUCCUGAGGCGCUCCUGCCGCCGCCUCAUUUCAUCCUGCAGCAGCAGCAGCAGCAGGAGCAGCAGCAGCAGCAACAGCAUCAGCAGCAGCAGCAACAGCAUCAGCAGCAGCAGCAGCAUCAGUAUCAGCAGCAGCAUCAGCAACAGUAACAGCAUCAGCAACAGCAGCAGAAACAGCAUCAGCAACAGCAUCAGAAACAGCAUCAGCAACAGCAUCAGAAACAGCAGCAGCAUCAGCAACAGCAGCAGCAUCCGCAACAACAGCAGCAUCAACACCAGCAGCAGCAUCCGCAGCAACAGCAGCAACAUCAGCAGCAGCAUCAUGAGCUGCUGCUCUACGUAG